AUAACGAGGAUACCUUCCAAGUGAACGUGUAAUUUUCUAUUUUUCAUUUUUGAAGAAAAUUAUUAGAAAAUAAUUGUGACAUGGAAGAUUUUGGAAAGAAACAACUUUUAAAAUAUGGUUGGACCGAAGGAAAAGGACUGGGUAAAAAUGAAAAUGGAAUAGUCGAAGCUUAUAAACCAAAAGCAAAGUUCAACAACGAAGGUUUAGGAUAUUCAUCGAAUAAUUCAGAAUGGUGGAAAACAGCAUUUGAUAAAGCUUCGAACAAUAUUAUAGUCAAUAAUGAAAAGAAUCAAGUUACAAUCUCAGUUAACAAGGAUCCUACUAAUGAUAAGCUUAACGAAGUAGUGUCGAGAUGUAAACAAUCAAGGCAAACUCAAUAUAAUAAUUUUCGUCAGCUUGAAACAGUUAAUUAUGGUGAAUCGUCGUCAGAUAAAAAAACUCAGCCUAAAAUGUCAGUAUUAUCAGAUAAUGAUAUUUUGCGAGCGUGUAAAGGUAGAACGGGACACAAGGGUGGUCGUCAUGGCAUAACUAUGAGUGGAAAAUUGGAAAGAAUUAAUCAACAUGAAAGAAGAUUAUCACAUAUUAUACAAAGUUUCAAUUCGCCAAGCUCAAUGAAUAAAAUGUCUAUAUGUAAUAAAAAAUCUGAACAUUUACAAAUUAAUCAUAAUGAUAAUGCAAAUACAACAGAAUCAAAUAAGGAUGAAUUACCUGUUCGGGAACAUCUUCAAAAGGACGCUGUAAUUAAACAAAAUAAACAAGAAAUGAAACAAUUAAUAAGUUUGUUAAAUAAUGCGUGUAAUAUAAAUGAUAUUAAAUGUUGUAGUUCAAAUAUAACAGAAAGUAAACAAAGCACAAGUCAUAAACAUCAUGACAGUUGUACAGUCCAAACAAAUGAAACUCCUUCAAAUGAUGAAAUUGUUACUGAACCAAAUGAAAACAACAAUCAUGAUUUGAUGAAUUGUAAUCCAUUAAUGUCUGAUAAUAAGAAGGAAAGACUGAAAAAAAUUCAACCGGAUAAAACAUUUAUUGUGAGACAUAGCGUUACUAAUGAAGGAAACGUAUUUAAAAUGGUGCCUUGUCCAUCUGAAUUAUAUGAUUAUUACAAGCUUAAGAAAAAAAGUAAUACACCAGGUAAUAAUUAUGAUUUUUCUAAAGCUUUUCCUCCUGCUAGUGAUACGUGUAGAUGGCAAAUUCCAAAUGUUUUACAUGUAAUCAAGGAAAAAAGAGUAUAUCAAUUUAGUAAAGUUAAAGGUAAAUUACAAUGGGAGAAAAAAUCUGGUCCACAAAGUGAUCCUGCAUAUAGGCAAGUAUUAAAAGAUUUCUUACGACAAAACAUAGGAGACGAUGUAUACAAACAUUUUAAUAAGAGUAAAUUAUCCAAAAAAUUAAUCGAUUCAAUGUUUUGAAUCAAAAUUUGAAA